AUGAUUGGGCAGCAUGGGUGGCUCGAGUCCACAGAGCAGACCCUGUACGAUAAGAAUAAGCAAUCGCCCCAAAAGAAGACGCGGAUCUUAGAUGGCAUCAGAAAGAUCGCCAAGGAUGUGUCUGAGCUACAUCAAACCCGACGAACUCGGCCAGUUGCAAGGGGAACAGUGGGUACACAUGCUGCAAGUUCACUGGAUCCCAGAGAGCAAAGCCUUUUAUACUGCGAGCUCGAGUUCAACCUUACAACGGCUCUAAAUAUAUACGUCACUGAAGAGCUGGACAAGGGCCAUCUCUCCCCUGACAAUCUCAAAAAGGUAUCGGAUGAAUGGCAUCAAAAAGGUCACCACAAAGUAAUCGGCUUCAGAUAUGAUUUAGAGACACAGCUGGAGCUUGUCAGUCUUCAUAUCAAUGACUUUAGCUUCCAUGGUCGUCGACAAGGCAACACUACCGAGAUUGCGCUUCUGCUCAAUGAGAUGAAGAUGAAUGCGCGUAAUAUGCGUGUCCGAACGUUUUGCCAACCAGAUUCCACUAUUGCAAAACACUUAGUUGACUCGCAGUCGCUCUUCAACUUGAUCAAUGCUUCAACCAUCAUGAUGGCCAAGCAAGAAGGAUCUCCUGGGUCGCUGACCUUGGACGAUUUGGUUAUGGGGACAAACACCAGCAGCAUUACCUCGAAACGCAGUGUUGAGCGUCUGUAUCACUCGAAGGAAACCCCUUUCUUCCGCUACUUUGUUCCAAAGUUUCAAAGGAGAGCCCCCCUAAUCAAUAGAGGCUAUUGGCUGCGUCUUCGGGCAAUUGAUACCAUAGUGUACAAAUUUCUCACUAAAGAGACGGAAGGGGAAAAGGUCAUCAUCAAUCUUGGUUGUGGCAGUGAUGUCUUACCAUGGCAAUGCCAUGCUCGUUAUGAUAACCUAGGCAGCGAUGUCCUCUUCGUUGAUGUGGAUUAUCCUGACCUCAUGAAGAAGAAGCGAGCUAUAGUUUUACAAACUCCAGAGCUGCGAAGCCUUCUGGGGAAUGACUUCACCCUCGGUGAUGAAGACAAAGACGACCUACUGCUGCGCAGCCAUAAAUAUUGCCAGAUUGGCUGCGACCUUCGACAGCUUGACAGGUUGCGUAUGACUUUGGAAUCAGUUAUCAACCUUCCUGAGUGUGCCAUCCUGUUCGUGGCAGAAGUGUCAAUUACCUAUAUGGACACUCAAUCUGCCGACUCUCUAAUCCAGUGGGGAAGCACUGUUGGUCGAGAAAAUAACUUCUGCCUCCUGGAACAAAUUCUACCUUAUGGAGGAAGGCAUCCUUUUGCUCAGCAGAUGCUUGGUCAUUUUGUUAAGCUGGGUACUCCUCUGCGCUCUGUUGAGCAGUAUCCAACAAUUGAGAGCCAAGCCAUUCGGUUCCAGGACCGCGGGUGGCAUCGUGUCGAAAUAAAGGAUCUAUGGCAAGCAUGGUCAAGCGAGGAGUUUGUGAGCGACUCAGAACGAACUGGCCUUGACAACAUCGAACCCUUUGACGAGUGGGAAGAGUUUAUCCUAUUUGCCCGCCAUUACUCCAUCCUUCAUGCAUCCACUGACUGUAGCCAAGGCUCAUUGCCUCAAACGUCUACCUUGGCCGCCAGAGAGAGUGCGAAGACGUUCGCAGGCUUGAGCGUCGAAAUAAUAGGUGAAUCCACGAAGAAAUCUACAAGGCGACGGUUUGGAAAUAGCAUGAUUCUAAGCAAUGGACUUGGGCAGCGAUAUGCUCUUAAUUUGCUAGGGAUGAGUCUCAACAGCAGAGAAUCUACUUAUGAUAUCUUCUCACUUGAUGGGCAGCAUGGGACACCGCCGCAGUUACACCCUUCGGGACCACCUGCUCGCAUGUGCUUUACACUGACAGACCUAGGAGAAUAUGGAAUUAUGCUGGUUGGUGGUCGGGUACUGAUCCGCGUUGGCCCAACCAUUUCCUUUUCCCCCAUCACAACCAGCAGCUCCAACAGUCGGCUCAUCUCUUCCUUUGGUGCUCAAACUGUUCAUUUAGGAUCGUCUGUGAUUAUAUGCGGUGGUAUGGGAGCGGAUCCGUGCCUACAUGGCCAGACGAUUACCGUCGUUACCACUUCUACAGAAGGGUUUGAAGUUGAAAAUUUGUCCACCCCUCAAAAUGAUGAGCCCAUGCCGUUCAUGAUUGGCUCCUCAAUUGUGCAAGAUGGGUCUUCUCUUCUGGUGUUUGGUGGGGGGGCGACAUGCUUCUCGAUGGGGACGUUUUGGGAGACGAAUAUUUACAAAAUCCGGUUGCCUGACCAUGUUUUGAAGGCUACUGAUUCUACUUCGCGACUAUACAGUUUGUCUCAUUCUACCGUUGAUCUUAUUGGAUGCCGAAAGUUUUCGGCUACUUCCACAAAUCCAAGUCCAGGGGGUGCAAAUCACCUGGACAAUCAAGAUCAGAGGGCGUCUCUAACUACAGUACCCCGAAUACAACUUGAGUCAGCCGAACAGUUCCAAAGGAUUGUUGGUCAAGGGAAACCGGUCAUUUUCAAGAGUUGUACUAUCGGAGAGUGCCAACAGAAAUGGACCCCUGACUUCCUUGUAUGUCAAAUUGGCGCAAAUGAAAAGUUUGUGAUACACGAGUCUCAUGAAGACACGGGAGUGUUGGACUUUAACAGCAAGAAUUUUUCAUAUGUGACAGACACGUUUGGGAGCAUCAUGAGCAAGCUGCAAUCUGGAGCCCGGGUUUAUCUACGAGCUUUGUCUCGAGAUAAGCCGUCUGAACUGCCAGCCAAGCUAGAAGAGGAUUUCCCACAUUUGGCAGGAGAUUUCACCCUGCCACCAGAAAUGGCGUAUAUCAAAGAUCACUUGUUCAGCUCUGUCUUGAGAUUAUCAGGACGGGCGAAUAUGUGGCUACAUUACGAUGUUAUGGCAAAUGUCUAUGCGCAGGUGGCCGGGGUUAGGAAAAUGAUUUUGUUUCCUCCCAGUGACGUGAAGCACCUGUCUUUCGCCCCCGGUGCCUCUAGCUCAAGCGUGAACGUUUUUCAAGCGUUAGAAACUUCUGCAUCUUCACUCCGGGCAACACACCCCCAGGAAGCUGUAAUCCAUCCGGGAGAUAUUUUACUAUUGCCGGCUCUCUGGCUCCACACAGCUGCUCCGAUAACCGACAUGAGUACUGCAGUCAAUGUUUUCUUCCGUGACCUGGGACAGAAAGAUCAUUACUCUCCUGGUCGAGAUGUGUAUGGUAACAAGGACCUUGAGGCAUAUGAGAAAGGAAGGCAAGCUAUUGCCCGGAUUGCGAAAAGCUUGCAGCAGCUGCCGUCUGCUGCGAGAGAAUUUUACCUUUGUCGACUUGAGGAUGAGUUACGACUAGCUACCGAAAAUUAG